AUGACCCUCCUGCCCGGUCCAUUCCACCUUCAACCCGUCCUCACACAACUCUAUAAAUCUCAAGACCUCUUAGAUCUCUCAUCCCCAGCCGCUCAAUCUUCCCCAUUCCGCUCUUCUCCUACCUCUUCUCCCGACCGUUCUCGACCCGAGUCCGUCCCUUCAGACCAGAAAAUAGAAGUCACCUGCGUAGAAGGCUAUGGACCUAACCUCUACGUCGCCAGAACAGAUGGUGUUGUUGAAUGGUGGGUAUGUGAUGGGAGUGCGGGGACGUCCCAAGCACAAGGUUGGUCUUUGAAGAACAAAUACUCCGUGUUCCCUCGUCGACCUGUCAGCAAGAUCGUGCUCCUCCCGAAAGUUGGUAGGGCCUUCAUUCUCUCAGACGGGACAGUGCAUCCUGUUAACCUUCCUAAUCUCGAAGCGGUCCCCUCUACCGUUAUCCCCACCAUCAGAGGUGUCGUGACUGUCACCCUAGACGAUGAUGAGCUCGAUUGGACGGGCCCCGAGUCUGAAGAUAAGAGUUCAGAAAUGACCAUGGUCGUGGUGAGACGGAAAGGCUUGGCUAUAUACAAAGUUGGACAACGCAUGACACUCGCAAAGGAAAUCCCUUUGCCAUCUGCACCUACUCAGAUAGCUCUGACAUCUACAUUUCUAUGCGCUUCCAUACCGUCGGCCGACCAAAGCACAUACAGCAUCAUCGAUCUCUCAGACGCAUCACUCACUGAAGUAUUGCCCGUCUCUCAGCUCGACCCUACCACCCUCGAUUUUGACCCAAAUCCAAAUAUAGUCGUCAUACCUGGUGAAAACGAAUUUCUUGUCACCUCGUUUACCGGAGUCAGUACCAUGGGUGUCUUCCUGAAUGGGCAGGGUGAUCCUGUGAGGGGAACGAUGGAAUGGCCUGAUCAUCCACUCAGUCUUGCCAUUGAGGCCAACUUCAUCAUUGCUUUGUUGAAAAAUGGAACCAUCAGAGUACACAGACUGGACGAUCUUGACAAACCUAUACAGAUCGUCACCCUCGACCUAUCUAUGAACGCCACGGCUCUCAGCUAUUCUCCUUACGGUGUGGAGGUUAGGGACUUGGUCAGGGACGAACGAUUGAAAGCUGGACGGAUGCAGUUGCUCAGUGGGAAAUUGGCACCCCCCAAUCUGGCACCCAUCAGAGUUCAUUCUGGAAGUCCGCCCAGAGUAGACUUGAGCAACAUGAGUGUCGACGCAGUCGAUGAAAACAUGUUACCUAGUUUGGAUGUCAUCCCACCGGUGAUUGAACCGUCAUCUGGAUCGGGCCUGACCCCACCAUCCUCACCUCCUGACUUCGGACGACGACCUAUAUUCUCGGCUACGCAAACUUCCUUACUACAGACCACCGCGCCCGCUGUCAAGGAUCCAUUUUCGACAGUCAUCACAGAGACUGUAGUCUUUGGACCGAAUACGAUCAUGUCACUCUCGCCAGCGUCGAUCAUCCUGCGGGUGGAGAGGUUAUGCGCUGAACGUCGAAUGGAAGAAGCCACUGCCGCGGUAGACGAGGAACGCAGGAGGGGACGAAGAGGGGAGGUGGAUCAGGAUAAGGUCAAUCUUUCAAGCUUUGAUACAACCCACCUAGCUACAAUGCGUUAUCUUCACUUAUACCUCGCCUCACACCUCUUGCUAGAAGCGAUGUUUGAACGCGCGGGCGAAUACUUUUCCCGUGGUAAAGUCGAUCCUCGUCUCAUAGUCCGUCUCUUUCCUGCAUUCCGAGGCAAGGUCAUAGGCUCAGCAGAAGAUGUCGAAGUGUACGAAGGACUUCGAGAGGUCGUGCUCGAAAUGCCCACCGUAGACCAAAUCAUUGCGAAUAGCAUCAAGAGAAACUACUCCCCACAUGUGUCUCCAAACUCGCAAAGUGCACCGGAAACAACUGAGCUACGGGACGCGUUGUACGAUGAUGCUAAGACUAUGCUUACUGAAUUGCUGAGACGUACGAGGGCGUCGCGGCGAAAAGGCGGGGCGAGAGGUGUAGACUCUCGAAAGAUUGACAUUGUCAUCGAUACGACUCUAUCGAAGUUGAUGGCGGAUCAAGGGAUCACCAAUGAGCUUCUCGCAUUAUUAGCUUCGCCUAAUGAUGUGGUGUUGAGUGAACUGGAGCCGUUCCUGGAGAAAAGACCCUACGUAUUGGCGACCGUCCUAAGGCAGCAAGGGAGAAUCGAUAGGGUAUUGGAGAUUCUUCGAGGAAUUGCAGAAUCUCAACACGGGGAUCCGCUCUGUGACGAUCCCAUCGAAGAGAUAUAUCAGAUGAUCGAAGGUGUCACUGAUCCUGUUAUUUGGAGGAAAUAUGUCCUAUGGCUGGUCGCACGUGAUGCUCAUAAGGGACUUUCACUCAUCAUGUCUCCUAAUCCUGCCAUUGGUAAAAUUGACGACAUCUCUCUUCUUUCCGACUUAAGGCAAAUCUCUCCAGAAGUGUCCUUUGAGUAUCUCGAGCACGUAGUAGUAAACAAGAAGUCUUCUUCUCGCGAUCUCCACGAGGACCUACUCACCCGUCUGAUCGACACCGUCCUCUCACUGGUACAAGAUGACGGGGUCAAAUACCAUCUCGAAGAGCUCGAAGCGGACUACCGGCUUCAAAUAGAUCCUGACCCAUUUCCUGUUUACUUAGCUGAAGUGGCUCCUCCGACACCGAUCAAGUUCACUCGUUUGAAACUUAUGCUUUUUCUACAAGGUUCGCCAUUCUAUGACCUUCAGGAUGCAUCACAAAGGUUUGAGGGACAAGAGUUGUUGAAAUAUGAACUGGCCGUAAUCCUGGGAAGAUUGGGCGAGACCAAAAGGGCUUUAUCGUUGUUAGCGAGAGAUGUUGGAGAUGGAAUGUCCGCUCAAACUUAUUGCACACAAGGAGAAUUCAUCACUAUCAAAACGGCCAAACGAGUUGCUUCUAGAUUAUCUGAUUUAGCUCCUUGGGCCAAUAUAGGGGAGAUAGGAAGGAAGAAAAGGGGAAGUGUAGAUCCUCAACUUCAAGAGAAUUCAGUGAUGGAAUUAUUAGGGGUGUAUAUGCGAGAUGGUGAUUCAACGAUCAAACAAGCUUCAAAUCUUUUGAAUGCCCAAUCGAUGCAUUUGGAUAUGGAAAGGGUGUUGAGGUUGGUACCUGAUGAUUGGCCUUUGGAGGUGAUUUCUGGUUUUUAUCAACGUGGUCUGAGGAGAGGAUUACAUGAGAAAGCAAGUGGGGGGAUAAUGAAAGCUAUAGCCGCUGGGCAGAAUCUUCAGGUCGGUACUUCUUGUUUGAUCUCCCUCCCGGUCUUGUUAUAUGUCCAUUAUUGA